AUGACCACCUCAAUAAGAUUGGCUGUUCUGUGUGUGUUAAUUGGAGUAUGUGCUGGGGUAUUAACUCCUCUAGACGACUUCAGUACUCAGUCUUUAGACAAACUCGUCAGAAAGAAGUUGAUGUUUUUGAUUGUACGACAACUGAACGAUACCGUUGAGAUCCAGGACUCGCUGAAACAUCAGUGUGAGGUGAAAAUUAAUCAGUCAAUCGACAGCUGUAACGCAUGCGCCAAGAGUCACAACACCGUCCCGCCAACUGGUGUGUUGGGAGUUGUCCUGCCCGCUCUGAUGAAGCCAGUUGUUUUGGCGGCGGGAGUUGUAAAGGACAUUGAAGGAAGUUUGGAGAGUGCUGUUAAUGUUCUUGGAGACAAAACAACGGACUUCGUCAAAGAUGUCGGCAGUGUAGCAAAGAACGCAGGCGAAUCCCUCAUAGAUGGAGUUUCAGAUAUCACUAGCGACGCUCUUAAAGGUUUAACUCAUUUUGGAGACCAGUUGGCAGGUCUGGCCGGAGAUCUCGGACAUGGCUUGGAAACUGCAGUAAAUGGUCUGGAGUCAGGUACACUUGAUUUCGGCAAUUCAAUUGCAAACGGUCUCGACAACAUCGGAGAACAACUUGCCCACGGUGCACAGGGCGCACUCGACGGUGUUAAUCACCUCGGACAUGAGAUAGAACACGCCGGAAGUAGCGUGGGACACGCCAUUUCCGAUAUAGGACACGCUAUUGGAGGUAUAUUCGGUAAACGGAGUGUUUGUCCUACCUGUGACAUACUGGACACGAAUUCCCGUACUACAGACGAAAUAUUGAAUGACAUUUGUGGUGCAGAUGAGAUCCACAGACAGCAAGCAGCUACAGCGUUGCUAACUAAAAUGAAAGCUAUAUACGACACAGCGGUCAACAAAGCCAUAGUAACAAAGGUUGAAUACGACCCCACUUCUAUUGACGUCACCAAUGGAGUUGCCUUCAAAACUGUCUACGUAACUUACACAAUCACGAGCACAUCCACGCGCUACCAGAGUACCGUGCCCCUCCGUAUCACCAAUCUACCAGUAACCGGUGAUGCUCUAGGGGAGGAAAUCUUCGGCAAAUAA